CGUUCCUUGAGUCCAAUCCCUGUAAAUUGGAACAGUUCGCCAAUUUACUAACGAUUAGCUAAAAUUCGAGAGCAAUUUGUGUUGAGUGUUUUGAUCACAGGGCGUCACCUCAGCUAACUAACGAUUAUUAAUCAUGUAAACAAGUCAAGUGCAACGAUUUGUCGGUCGGCAGUAGCUAGCUGCCGUAAACGGGUUCAAGUUGCCGCUACACAUUCAAUUUCUCGUGUCUCUUACAUUGGUUGUAAGGUUGUAACUGAUGCUGUUUUGUCCGUCUUUAGACAAACAUUUACUUUUAAGAGGUUGCGGGUGUAAUGAUCAGUGAAGAAGUGGGAGCUUGUCCCAAUUCAGUUCAUCGCUCUGUCCACUACGACGCGCUAUCUCCUCUCCGGAGAACAUCUCUGGAGUCAAUGUCAAAUGAUACGGGAUCAGCUGCCUCCACGAGAUCCACCUCGAAAAUCCACUCAAGCCGGGAAGACGCCCUACAUUGGGAUCGACUAGAGGCGCUCGUGAAGAAACGAGUCACAGACACUUGCGGCGUCACAUCGUUAGGCGACUGGGAGGAGGGCGAGCCUAGCCGGAUUGCUAGCAGUCGGCUUCUGGCCCCAAACCGCCGUGGGCAGCUCCAGAGUGACUUUGGGCGUUUCUGUGUUGCGUUCGAGCGCAGGCAGCAUGAAUUCCCUCACGGGGAGAGCGGCGUUGCGUCUGUGGAGACCCUGGCCCCAGGCGGCCAGGGUCUGCCGCAAAGGCAGCGUGAGCACCAAGAAGCGCGGCUACGACAUCACCAGGAACCCCCACCUCAAUAAGGGUAUGGCGUUCACCCUGGAGGAGCGCUUGCAGCUGGGCAUCCACGGCCUGCUGCCCCCCUGUUUCUUGUCCCAGGAUGUCCAAGUGCUCCGUGUCAUGAAGAGCUAUGAAACGCGCGUCAAUCCUCUGGACAAGUACAUCCUGCUGAUGACGCUGCAGGACAGGAACGAGAAGCUCUUCUACCGAGUGCUCACGUCGGACAUCGAGGAGUUCAUGCCCAUCGUCUACACGCCCACUGUGGGCUUGGCCUGCCAGCAGUACGGCCUGGCCUUCAGGAGGCCGCGAGGACUCUUCAUCACCAUCCAUGACAGAGGCCACAUUGCAACCCUGCUCAACUCCUGGCCGGAAGAGGACAUAAAGGCCGUCGUGGUGACAGACGGCGAGCGUAUCCUCGGGCUAGGGGACCUGGGCGGCUACGGCAUGGGCAUUCCCGUGGGGAAACUGGCGUUGUACACGGCCUGCGGCGGAGUUCGCCCGCAGCGGUGCCUCCCCGUCUUGCUGGACGUGGGAACCGACAACCAGAACCUGCUCGACGAUCCCCUGUACAUCGGCCUGAAGCACAACCGAAUCCGAGGGAAGGAGUACGACGCGCUCAUCGACGAGUUCAUGGAGGCCGUGACGGACAAGUACGGGAUGAACUGCCUGAUUCAGUUCGAGGACUUCGCCAACAGCAACGCCUUCCGCAUCCUCAACAAAUACAGGAAUCGCUACUGUACCUUCAACGACGACAUCCAAGGCACGGCCUCGGUUGCGGUGGCCGGGCUGUUGGCGGCUUUGAAGAUCACCAAGGACAAACUGACGGACCACACCUUUGUUUUCCAGGGCGCCGGCGAGGCCGCUCUGGGCAUCGCUCACCUGCUAAUGAUGGCCAUGGCCAAGGAGGGCUUGUCUCGAGAGGAAGCCGCCAAAAGGAUCUGGAUGGUGGACUCCAAAGGUCUCAUCGUGAAGGGGCGAAGUCAUCUGAACCACGAGAAGGAGGAGUUUGCCCACGAGCACCCGCACCUGAAGACCUUGGAGGAGGCUGUGCACGCCAUCAAGCCCAGCGCCAUCAUCGGAGUCGCCGCCAUCGGAGGCGCGUUCACCGAGAAGAUAAUCCUGGACGUGGCGUCCUACAACGAGCGGCCCAUCAUCUUCGCCCUGAGCAACCCCACCAGCAAGGCCGAGUGCACGGCAGAGCAAUGUUACACUCUCACCGAGGGCCGCGGGAUCUUCGCCAGCGGGAGUCCUUUCAACAAGGUGACGCUGGCCGACGGACGUUGGUUCUACCCCGGCCAGGGAAACAACGCCUACGUGUUCCCCGGGGUGGCGCUGGGCGUCAUCGCCUGCGGAGUUCGCCACAUAUCCGACGACAUCUUCCUCACCACUGCAGAGGCCAUCGCCGACAUGGUGACCGAGGAGCAUUUGGCCGAGGGGCGACUCUACCCUCCUCUCCACUCCAUCAGAGAGGUGUCCUUCAAGAUCGCUGUCAAGAUCGUCAAGUACGCGUACGAGCACAACAUGGCGUCGCUGUACCCGGAGCCGAAGGACAAAGAGGCGUUUGUCCUCUCUCACAUCUACAGCCCGGACUACGACUCGUUCACACUGGAUACGUACGCUUGGCCGCAGGAGGCCAUGAACGUGCAGGACGUGUGACCGUCCAUCGCCCCCCUUACAUACGGCACACCAUUGAUUUCUUGAUUAUUCUUUCUUUCUUUUUAGUUUAGGUCAGGGUUUGUUUGGCUCCUGUAUGAGGGUUUUGCACAGCACUCCAACUCCUGGCUGAAUGUCUCCAUGGCAACGUAUCAUAAGCUUUAACGUCACACUCCUCCGCGCGACCGCUUCAAUACAACGCGUCUUUGCCUCUUCCGGCGAACCCUCUGCCCCCCACCGACCGACCCAGUGUAAUCUUUUUAGCGCCGAGCGGUGGUCACACGCUAGGCUAGCGACGCUCCCUGCCAAACGUGUCGAUGUAUGCAGACUGAGUGUGUCGAUGUGACGUGUUAACGUGCGAUGACGUCAUGUCGGUUUGGGCUUUUUCAAAAGGGAGCAUUAAACUUUCUAAUGAAUCGUUCCAAAGUCACAGCUGUUUUUUUUAUGACCAUCUUGUGUGUUUUUGAUAAAAACAAGUUUUUCAGAGGAAUCUGCGAGUCAACUGUGGCCGCUAUUUGUGGCCAUUCAUUAUUUUGCCAAAUUCAGUCGAAGUAAAAUGAUUACAGGGGCGCCAUUCUGUAUGUUAUUAACAGUGCGCAGAGAACACUUGUUCGUCUCAGUAAUUUAUCUGAAGGUGUGCUACAUAAUUGUGUGAAAACAGUUUUGGGACUUUGUUGAGUUUGCUUUUUCCGUGAUCCUUGUUGGCCUUUGAUUUGAAAUUAAAGCUCAUUUUUUAGCUUUC